AAGAAAAUUGAAUGCUGCUGAACGUUUUUUGGGCGUUGUGAUUUCACAGCCGAGCCAGUGCAGGAAAUCCUGUCAGUGAAUGUUCCGCCAUCACAGGCCCCUGAGUAGGGAUGUAUUUAGCAGUGGACUGUGAUUGAAGAGCUGGUGGUGGUAAUGCAACAUUAACAUUGGAUGCCAACCGCUCUUAAACCCCAUCGAAGAAGAAAAAUAGAUAACUUCUCUUGAACAUGGUUUCGUCUUUUUGGAGAGAUGUCGUAGGGGUUGGUCUAUUUGCCCUGGCUCAUGCUGCUUUCUCAGCGGCACAACAUCGAUCCUACAUGCGAUUGACAGAAAAAGAAAAUGAAACCCUACCAAUAGAUAUUGUUUUACAGACUUUGUUAGCUUUUGUUCUGACCAUUUAUGGUAUUGUCCACAUCUCUGGAGAGUUUAAAGAUAUGGAUGCAUCCUCAGAGCUGAAAAACAAGACGUUUGACACAUUGAGGAACCACCCGUCUUUCUACAUGUUCAAUCAUCGUGGUAGGGUGCUCUUCUGCUCUCCCAACCGAGAGGUCUCCAACAUCCCAAACGCAGAGGCCCUGCGAAACCCCCUGCGGCUACGCAAGCUGAAGCAUUUGCACUGAUACUUGCCUUCCCCACCCACAUGUCUUUAUUUCUGUGCACAGAUAAGCUUUUUGGUUGGAACCCACAAAGUAAUUUCUUCUACUUUUAAUUUGCCUUAGUACAUAUAUUAAUAUGCUGUACAAAUGUGCAUCUCCUCCCAUAAAAAUGGUUACCAUAUUUAACUCCUGACUGUCAACCAGUCUGACUGUCAACAGUUUUUCAGGCAGAUUUUUUUGUAUAUAAUUGUAAUUGCUUAGAAGUAAACGGAUUUGACACAUCUUCCCCUUACUUAGGUAAGGGUAGGGUAAGCUGUAUGUGUCAAAUCCUUUAAGACUUCCUAAGCAAGUGUUCCCCUUUUUUAGACAAGGGGCAUGAUGUUUUGUUUGCCACAAUACAGCUGUCUGGAACUAUUUUUUAAUUUUUUUUAUCUGCAGAUAUGAGAUUUUGUUUUAUCUAGUAAAAAGUCUACACUUCUGUUGAGAGAAUUCAUGACCUGAUCUCCUGGAGUUUAAAAUUAGGCUUUGGUGAUUAUUCUGUAUGCAAUAAAGUUACCACGGUCAUUGAAGUCACACAGGUCAAGCCUGAAGGAUGCAGCAUGGAAAGCAGAGUAAGUCAGUGUUAGAGCAAUGCUAAUGACACUGUGAACACAAAGUAGAGACUAAUGGUACAUUUUGUUUGGGCAGUGUUUUUUAUUUGGCCUUUUAAGAUUCAACAUAGUGUUUUAACUUAAAAUCUAUGAUGUUGUCAGUGUGUUAGAUGCAUUUCUGCAUUUAUUGGUCGAAGAAAACCGAAUGCAUUUAAUGUCUUGCAGAUAUACGCUACAUGACCAAAAAUAUAUGGACACCUGCUCGUCGAUCUCAUUCCAAAAUCGUGGGUAUUAAUAUGGAUUAAUUUGCUGCUAAGACAGCCUCUACUCUUCUGGGAAGGCUUUGCACUAGAUGUUGGAACAUUGCUGCGCGGACUUGCUUCCAUUCAGCCACAAGUGCAUUUUUGAGGUCGGACACAUGUUGGGUGAUUAGGCCUGGCUCGCAGUCGGAGUUCUAAUUAAUCCCAAAGGUGUUCGAUGGAGUUGAGGUCGGUGCUUUGUGCAAGCCAGUUGAGUUCUUCCACACCGACUGCUACAAACUAUUUCUGUAUGGACUUUGCGUUGUGCAUGGGGGCAUGGUCAUGCUGAGACAAGUAAUGCCCUUUCUCAAACUGUUGCCACAAAGUUGUAAGAACAGAAUUGUCUAGAAUGUCAUUGUAUGCUGUAGCGUUAAGAUUUUCCUUCACUAGAGCUAAAUGGGAGCCUAGCCCAUUAUUCCUCCUCAACCAAACUUAACAGUUGGCACUAUGCAUUGGGGCAGGUAGCACUCUCCUGGCAUACGCCAAACCCCGAUUUGUCCCUCGGACUGCAGGAUGGUGAAGUGUGCUUCAUCACCCCAGAGAACGCAUUUCCAAGCUUUACACAACUACAGUCGACGCUUGGCAUUGCACAUAGUGGUCUUAGGCUUGUGUGCGGAUGCUCGGUCAUGGAAACCCAUUUCAUGAAGCCCCUGAACAGUUUUUUUUUUGUUUGUGUUGAUAUUGCUUUCAGAGGCAGUUUGGAACUUGGUAGUGAGUGUUGCAACCGAGUACAGAGUUUUUACGCGCUUCAGCACGUGGCGGUCCUGUUCUGUUAGCUUGUGUGGCCUACCACUUCGCGGCUGAGCUGUUGUUGCUCCUAAACAUUUCCACAUCACAGUAACAGCACUUACAGUUGACCGGGGCAGAUCUAGCAGGGCAGACGUUUUAUGAACUGACUUGUUGGAAAGGUGGGGUCCUAUGACGGUGCCACAUUGAAAGUCACUGCGUUCUUCAGUAAGGCAAUUCAAUGUCACGCUAUGGAGAUUGCAUGGCUGUGCUCGUUUUUAUACACCUGCCAGCAAUAAGUGAAAUGGCUAAAUCCACAAAUUUGAAGGGCUGUCCACAUACUUUUGUCUAUAUAUUGUGUAUCUGUGGAUUAGGAUGCAUUAGUUAGGUUUUAUAGAUUGUGCAUACUUUAGGGCUCCCAGUGAGCUUAGUCCCAAAUGGCACCCUAUCCUGUAUAGUGCAAUACUUUUGCCAUUUGGCACGCACACAAUGACUACAUCAAAAGCUUGUGUCUUUACAAGCUUGUUGGAUGCAUUUGCAGUAUGUUUUGCCCAAUAUGAACUGAAUGGUGAAUAAUGUCUUGUACCAUUUUGGAGUCAAUUUUAUUGUAAGAAUAGAUGUUUCUGAUCACUUCUAUAUCCAUGUGGAGGCUACAAUGAUUAUGGAUAAUCAUGAAUGAAUUGUGGAUAAUUUAGGUUAGCAUGUUUGGUUGUAGCCUCUGAACUGCAUCUCACUCAUCAUGAUUUUUUUUUUCAUUACUUUUCUUAAUCAUGUCAUAAGGAUUAAUUGAGAAGUGUUCAGAAACAGGAGUCAUUUAAGAAAAUUACUCAAGUCCUCAUUCACCAUUCAGUUACUAUUGGGGGUAAAACGCAACCCAAACAAACUGUAAAUGCAUCCAAUGACUUUAGUCACAAGCUUGAUGUUGCCAAUGCAUGCAAGGAAUAUGGGACCAAAAACUAAUAUACGUUUGACUACUUUAAUACACUUUAAGUGUAUAUGUCAAAAUAGUUAUGACUUCUUCACAUGGGGGGGACUAGAUACCUAGUGGUUUCAUUUCUAAUCAGUAAAAUAUUUAUGAAAAUCCCUCAAAUAAAAGGUGCCCUAGUCUCAAAUCCAAAAUGUGGGAGUAUAGAGACAAAUCUAAAAUCUUACUUAUUUAUAUGGGCUGGAGUAAAAUCUAAUUUGGAAUUUUAAGCAAUUGGACAUUACAAACUUUGUCCAUGCACAACAUUUAAUAAAGCACUUAGAACCUUUUGAAAUCUUUGUUUUUGUUUCUUUAAAAAAAAAGCAUACGAUUUUAAAAUUGACUUUAUAUAAGUUUACAGUUUAAUGGGCUUUAUACAACUUUUACUUUCAAAAUAUAUAUUCUUUAUGUUCUGGUUUGAACACCAUCCACAAAUGUUUUUUUUUAAUGUUUUCAUUUAAAAAAUAAACUUGGGGAAAAAGAAAA